AAAACACUGUUCACCGUAUAAAUACGGUGAACAGUGUUUGGUGUAAGUAUUGGUGUAAGAUUGGGGUGUAAGUAUAGCAUUACUCUUCUCUAAACUCCCAUUUGGACAAUACCAUGUCAUCUUGGGAAAACAACAGUACUGAUUGUUGUGAAUGGGAAGGAGUUGAAUGCAACACCACCACUGGAAGAGUCACCAAACUCAAACUUGACUCUGGUGGUGGACCUUGGCAAGUUAACUACUCUGAUUUUAGAAUCUUCAAAGAUUUGAACACUCUCGAUUUGUCAGUUAUUAGUAUAUCCAAUUGAACAAGAGCUGAUCAAGAAGGGUUGAAAAAUUUGGAAGUUCUUGACUUGAGUGAUAAUUCUUUCGAUAAUGCUAUGAGCAUUCUGUCUUGUCUGGAUGGACUUUCGUCUCUUAAAUCUCUAUCAUUAGCUGAUCUUACUUUCGACAGCACUUCAUUAUACACUUUUCAGAUAGUUUUGGAGACAAUUUCCUCAAAGUUGCUGCAUCUGGAGGUCCUUGACUUAAGUGGAAACAAUUUGACAAAUGAAAUACUUCCUUCACUAAGGGGAUUCAAAUCUUUGAAAGAACUGUAUUUGGAUGGCAUUAGAUUGGACUCAGAUCUUCACAUACAAGAAUUAUGUGCCACCAUAUUGAAGAAUCUUGAGAUUCUUGACAUCUCCAACAACAACUUCAAUAACACUGAUAUUGGAUCUGCUCUUAGUGGACUUUCUUCCCUUAAGAAUUUAAAUUUAGCAUGGAAUGAAAUUACUCCGAAAUCAAUUCAUAAUAUAUCAAAACUGAGAUCUUUGGAGAUUCUUGACUUGGGUGAGAACAAUUUGAAGUUAUGGCCUGCAGAGAAUCAUAGAUUUGCUUGGCCGUCCGGUUUACAAGUGCUUGUGUUAAACAACAAUGAUUUCAGCAACGAUAUUAUUUCAUCCAUAAGUGGUCUUUCACAUCUCAAAUCUCUUGACGCGAGCAGCAACAACUUGAAAGGAUCACUAGAUAUUACUGAGAAUCAUGGAUUUGCAUGGCCUUCCAGUUUACAAGUUAUUAGUUUGAGCUCAAAUAAUUUCAGUAACGAUAUUAUUUCAUUCAUAAGUGAUCUUUCACGUCUCAAAUCUCUUGACUUAAGGAGCAACAACUUGAAAGGAUCACUAGAUAUUACUGAUUCUUACAAUCUGGACUUAGCAAUUUCUAUCAUAGUCUCACCAAGCAAGUCACCAUAACCAACAAUUCUUGAAGCAUGUCUCCAAAGCUCACUCAAAAAUAAUAAUCCUUGUUGAAACAUAAUGGACACCUAAAUGUUGAGGCACGAGACUCUUGGCACUGUGAAAUAUCUGAGGUCAAGGCUCCCUCUUGAAGUCUGAGGCCAAGGCUCCCUCUUGAAGUCAACUACUCCCCUCAAAAUCGCCAAAGCAACCUCUUGUUCAGUCUCUGAAAUCAAAAACCAAUCCAAAAAUCUUAGCACACACAAAUAACCAGUUAACUAGUAAGUAUGAUUAUAUAUGAUUAUCAGCACUCAUAAUUUAUUGCAAUUUCCAUCAACUCGUCGCUAAAACCACUUGAAAAUUAAUAUCACCAUCUAACUAAAUUGUGCUUCCAUUCCAUAUAAGAACAACCCUUUGAGAAAGCCUGAAAUAUUCUUGGUGGAUUAUACAAAAAAGCAAUAGCAAGCCUUUCUGGAUAAUGGUUUUGCAAAAUGUGAAUAAUAUCAUAAGUAGUUUUAAUAGCAAUGUUUGUGCUAAAUGAAAAUCCCGUGAAGUCUAUCAACCAUAACAUUUGUUCUUGACCAUCAGAAAGAUUAAGUACAGCAUUUUCCAACAGAUAGACUAAAUGCUUGAUAUUAUUUUCUGCUGAUGUUGUAUUCUGACAGAAGGAAACAAAUUGAACAGAGUAAGUUAAUCUGUUAUGUACAGAGAAGCCUUCGUAAUUAACUACAUAUAUAGCCUUAAUAACAAUGAAUGUACAUCUUAGUUCAAACCUGCAUCCCUGGUCUCAUAAUAAGUACUCUCAUAAUAAGUACUGUCCUCCCAAGUCUAUCAUGAAAGUUAGCUCAAGAUACUUUCCCCGUCUCGCCCUCAUGUGCUACUGCAGCCUGAAUUUAGAAAACCAUUUAGUCAGAUGAUGACUUCAUUAAGCCCUAGCAGGCUACGUAGAUAUUAAACUCAUGCAGAAACACGCCAUCCUAAAUGUAUUCAUUAAAACAUACUCCAUUAUGCAUCAAAUUGAACUAAAGCACCAACCUGGAUAAUGAUCUUAGCACACUCAUAUUAUCCAUCAAAUUGAACUAAAGCACCAACCUGGAUAAUGAUCCUGGCACACUCAUUGCAACGAAACAUAGUCACAUACAACCACUGCAUUAAUCAAAAAAAGAAAAUAGGAAACUUCUUUUAGAUGCUAACUGGUAUAAGCAGUACAUGCUAUAUGUGUGCUAAUGGCAUAGCCCAGGUUAAAGUUGCAAAAGCAACGUGAUAAAUAAAGUAUCACUAAAAAAACUAUCAUUUGAAAGAGGUGCUUAGGGAGAAAAAAACAACUUUCGUAAUCGAUAUAUCUAAAAAUAUACAACAACUAUCCGUACGUAAAUUAGUCUACAUUUAAAAAGAAAAGAUUGAGGAAAACAUCUACAAUGGCAACAAGAGAAGCAGCAAUCAUUGUGAAAAUAUCACCGGCGUUAAAAGAAGGGGUUCCCCAUUGCAACUAAUUCGGGAGACUUAUCCUGCACAGAUGUACAAAAACCUAAUUAAAAUGGUUACUAGCUAUUGUAAGAGGUGCAAAACUAUUAAGGACUGACCAACGAGCUGCAGUGAUCAACCUAGACCGGUCAGUGCAGCAACUGAAUUGAGUCAAUUGUGGUUUUUAUUAUAUGCACUAGCCGCGGUAAAAAUUUCAGCAAAUAGCCAUGAAAUUCCAAUUGUAGCUAUGAUUGCAACGUGGUCGACGCCUUUUGAUCCCAUCUUUUGUGGAAUGUACUGCAAGGAGAUUCGAUUACGGAAAGUUUCGUUAAAUGAUCAAUUUAAAAUGUUGAGCUAUUUCAAAAUGACAAAAGCAAAUAUCAAAGAAUAACACGGUAUAUCCACAAUUACAAAUGGAAUACCCACCAAUGAUAUUAGGAACAUACAGGUAGACAGAUGAUUUAUUGGAUCUUGGUGCAGGUUUUUUGGCCAUUGAAGCUUCUUCUUAUACUCUAAAGCUUUCCUAUAAAGAAUAUGGAAUUUCCAAUCAAAUGCUUACCUGCACAAAUAAUUUCCAGUAAAAAAUCCAAGCUACACAGUCCCAUCAUAUUUCAUGCAUAUGUAAGAAAACCGAUAACAAAAACACUCAUCAACAGAGCAUGUCAAUAAGUGCUAAAUUUAUUAGCUAUAUUUGAUAAUUAAAAAUACGAUGCAAAAAGGUCAUUGUAACAUGGAAUCUUUAAAUUAUCUAAUGCUAUGUCAUCAAUAGUACCUCUAUGGAGCUCAAUGGAUAUUUAUCAUUACCACAACAAGAGUACAAUCAGAAGAGCCACUAACAAGAAGAUACGGUGCAUGAUCACUCCAAGCAACUACUUGAACCUGUAAGAUGAAUAAGGAAAUGUAUCAUUGGCUCAAAUAUUUAGAAUAGUAAUUAAAAAAAAUACAACUCUUGCCUUGUCUAAGUUAUGUUCCAGGGUAGUAGCACAUGUUCCAGUGGCUAUGUCCCAAAUCUUUACUAGUAUAUUUAAAAUAGUAUAAUUCACUAGAAGUAGUUUUGUUUGAAAUAUAUUCUCUCGACGUGUAUUGAAUGAGCUUAAUCAUCAUGUGAGUCAUUAGAAUUACAGUCUACACUUUAGACAUAUAAAUGACAUGAUAAGCUCAUAAUAUAUGC